UUGCGUAAAUAAAAGUCGAACUGAUUUUAAUAAAGAUUUAGAACUAUUCGCAGUGUUUUUUUUUUUUUAAAUGCUUGAAUUUGUAGAGUAUACAACUCCGGAAUGGCGCGGAUUAAAUAUGCGCUCUUUAAAAGUGGAUGAAGCAUAUCUGAUAUUAAAAUCUCACUUUUCCAAGGCCACAUAUUUAUAUAGUUUAUCCGAAGCUUGUUAUUCGUGUCCUUAUACGAAAGUGAAAAACUUACUUCAGCAUCAUUACAAUGAUAAUUUAACGUUAAAUGUUGCCUAUCCCAUAAAAUUUAAGUUAAUUGACCAGGAUGUAGGUCGCUAUGCUUUCAAUAACAUAACUUCGCUAUGCGAAUAUGAAAACCUAAAUUAUGGAGAGUUUGGCGUUUAUAAUCUUACUCUUGACGUGCAUGGUAGCUGUGAGUGGCGCACGGAUAAGGAAGCGGUGAAUAUUUAUUACCCAAUACUGGCAGUACUCAUAUUACUUGCUCUAAUUAUGGUAAUGCUUAAGAUCGGCUUAUGUGCUUGGCGUAACUUUCAUUACGAAGAAAUUUUAAGCACCGUAAAUUUAAGUGGCAUAAACAUUAACACUGCAGGACAACCUAAUCGUUUACGUAGCUUGGAUACAUUCAGGGGUCUAACCAUAGUUUUGAUGAUUUUUGUGAACAGCGGUGGUGGUCAUUAUUGGUGGAUUGAACAUGCUCCUUGGAAUGGCUUGCAUUUAGCUGACAUAGUAUUCCCAUCAUUCCUUUGGAUUAUGGGUGUUUGUAUACCGAUUUCCAUUAAGUCCCAAAUAACCAGAGAUGUUACCAAAUACCGUAUAGUCCUGAGAAUCCUUUGGAGAUCUUUGAAACUGUUUUCAAUUGGUUUAUGUUUGAAUUCAAUAAAUGGUCCAAAGUUGGAGAAUUUACGUAUUAUGGGUGUGUUACAAAGACUCGGCGUAGCCUACUUAAUUUGCGGUUUGACGCACACAAAGUUGAGUGAACGUGUGAUAAUUGAAUCUCAGAUAACUUGGAAACGUAAGUUUCAAGACUUGAUUAUAAUGCGAGGCGAGUUGCUGAUAGUGGUCUUCCUAAUAGCUGUGUAUUUGUGUACGAUAUUUGGCCUAAACGUACCGCAAUGUCCGAGAGGGUACUUGGGUCCUGGUGGCAAACAUUCCAAUGCUGAAUAUUUUAACUGUAUCGGUGGGGCUAGCGGGUAUAUUGAUUUCCUGAUAUUGGGUAACAGGCACAUAUAUCAAAAUCCAACCGCGAGGUAUAUUUACGAUUCAAGACCAUUUGAUCCCGAAGGCGUUUUUGGCUGUUUAUUAACCAUUGUGCAAGUGUUUUUUGGACUAUUGGCCGGUGUCAUUAUUCUCACUUACACCACGUGGCAAGCUCGUAGUAGUAGGUGGCUAAUAUGGUCUGCGAUUUUAGCAUUAAUAGGCGGAGCAUUAAGCGGUUUCUCUUUCGAAAAUGGUUUCAUACCCAUAAAUAAAAAUCUUUGCAACUGAGGAGUGAUCAUAAAAGAAGUUGGAUCCAAUCUAUUUUCAAUGGGAUUCUUCCUUACACCCGAUUUGUCAAAAUAUCUCAGAACACAAGUUACAUGGAUGGACAUCAAGCAAACAGACAAGCUGAAAUCAACUGUGAAAAUUGUUAUAAAUCGAUUGUAAUUAUAAGCGGGGUAAGGAGCUCUAUUUUAAGUUGUUCUGGAUAUUACAUACAUGCACAUAAACUCCGCAUGUCUCUUAUUAAGGAGUUAAUCAAAAUGAUUGGAUUUUGGCUGUUCUUGCUAAGGAUAAGCGCAAAUAACACCCAUUUAAAAAUAUAAAGUUUUUAUUGAUUUGGUUCUCGUUCAAAUUGAAAUCACUAAAUUGCCGAACGAUCGAAUUUUAACGAUAUUUUUGUCUAUGUCUUUCUAAAUCUCCAAGAAUAGCGUAUUAGGUAAGAACAGCGACUGCCAAGUCACAGUUGGCGGGGUCAAAUCUCAACGGCGGUAGAGCUUAUUUUGAUCGUAGCUGUAAUGGAUGCUCAGUCGGUAAAGGCAUAACACAUCGAUUUGGCAGAGAUUACCCACUAUCUCCCUAUUUGAUUCCUCUGGUCCUCUGUUCUGACCGUCACCGUCUUAUAUAAAUAUCCGAUAUCCCCUAAGAGAUUAAAAAAAAAACAUUUUCAAUAGCAAUUCUGUAAAGAAGAUUUGUUCUAAAAUUGAUCGUUUAUUUAUAUCAAUCCGUUACGGACAGGUGGAACAUAAGACUUUUUAAUUCAACCUUAGUAUGCAAGUAAGAGUUUUUACAAUCCUUAUCUGAGAGUGAAUAGUUUUGUCACUCUUUCAUAAAAACACGCUUUGGAGAAUCUAAAGUAAAUAUAUUUUCGUUUAAAGAAAGCAUCAGGAUCAAUAUGGCCAUGUUUGUCUGACCUUCGUCACUCGUGGAAAAUUCCAUCGUCAGCAAAUUUAAAAUUAAUCUUAAAUUCGGCACAUAGAUUCUUUAUUUAGCUUCGUAUAUCGAGUUCGAAAAUGGGAAAGCUUUUGCCAUAAAUAUGCCUUAGAUUGCUAAAAACUAAUAAGAAAAAAAAUACCCAAAGUUAUGGUGUACAUCAAUUGCUAAUUUGACACAGACAAAUUUUCAGAGCUCAUAAUUGGUCAAUUCUUGUAUUGAGUAUUUAACUUUUUCAUUUAUUACUCUGACACUGUCUUGAUUUAAAAUAGAGACAGAAAUUUACUACUAACUAAAAUCAAUUUCGUAACUUUUGAAUAAAACUUGCAGCUGAAUAUUCCGUUGCAUGAACGUAACAUUUUAAUGUAUUCUGUACCACAAGUGGUGUAGGGUACAAGCAGAAGAAAACUAGAACAAAUGGAAGAAACGAAGUAAAAGAUUAACAAAAAAGAAGCUAAUGCCAAAACCAAAAAAGAGCGCAAAACAAAACAUGUACGGGACUUAUCGAGUCCAAGAACAAGUUUUAAAUAAAGAGAAAAGAAUGCAAGCUUAAGUUCUGAAAGAGAACUGCAUACAAACGUUUUGCAUGACCAUCAAAAAGGUGGAUAUAAGCACAAUAUUAAUUGCAUAUUAUUAGUAAAUUAUUUUGAAACUUUUAUACGUUGCUUUAAGUUGGAGGUUAAAAAGCAUUCGCUUUAAAAUGAACAUCACUUUUUUUUGCCUUAAGGAAACAUAAAGGUGCCAUUAUCGUUGACUACGUUAAGGUGACUCAAAUAAGAAGAAACUUUGGUUAGUCUGUAUAGCUUUUAUAUGCACUAAAUUCGUUAAAUACGCGCAAUGUAUAGAAAUAUUCAUGGAAAAGGGCAUUGCGUGUAUGUUGCCUUGAUCAACAUAAACAGCGAAAUAAAUUUUAUUGUGUCUGUCUGUCAGUAUGAAGUGUAGGUUUAAAUAAAAAAUUGUGCUUAUUACCAGGGGUGUAAUCAUCCUCUUUGUGUCUUUCAAAAAUACGCUUCAGAGGCUGGGGCCACAGUAUAUUUGUUCUCGAUCCACAUCAAAUUCUGAAUAGAUUUAAGCAUAUCUGGUAAUAUCUGUUGUAAACUUCAAAUUUAGACGGUCUUUCACGCUGGUUGGUACUCAACACUGACAACAUCUCUCUUUCUCAAAAAAAAUUAAAAAUCGGUUUUUUGCUCAUUACUCAAAAACUAUACUAGGUAAAUGCGUAAGAGUUUGAGCAUGCAUUCUGUGGGUAACGCUAUAGUAAUUGUAUAAAAAUGCGAAAAAUUGAUCACUCCUAGCCAAUGUCAAAAUGAAAAAGAUCACCCGCGCCCUCCUAAUAUUGUUCAGCAUAAAAAUGUAAUUCUUUUCCUCUUUUUAGGGUCACGGUGGUGAUAUAAAAGAUUCGGCCACGUCCGUAUAUAAUUUUCCCACUUGUUUUGUUGUGUAACAAUGUACUGACACGGUAUUAAUAGUAAUUUUCUUGCGAAAUUUUAUUUAAAUAAGCAGAAAGUUAUAUUCGGCUUGGGGCAAAUCUUCGAGAGAGAGAUAACAAACACUUCUGAUCAAUAUAUGAGGAACCCGUAGACCACAUUAUAGGAAGUUUAUUUGGUUGAUUGUUACCCUAAGCUUUUAGGAUAUGCGGCAUCAAGUUUUAGCCUUUCGUAUAUACUGCUUAUAUGCCGUGCGGAAAAAAAAAUUUAAAGGGAUGUAUAUACGCAGAUUAGGCUUUUGAAAUUAUAAAAUAUCUUCUUCUCAUAGAAAUGAAUAUUUUUCGUGAAAGUUUUUUUUUUAAGGCAGUUUUGUUUAAAAUUGACCAAGGGCCAUGAACUUUAAUGCACCAAGUUUCCAGUUUAUAAUUCAAUUUUCGCAAUUUAAAGUAGUCAAUUUAACAAAAAAGGAAGGACAUGACUGUGGGAAGUUACGCAACCGACAUAGGAUCCAACGUAUCUGAACAGAGAAAAAACAGAAUCCGUAACCUUGUCCAGGAUUAUUGGCAGAGUCGACCUCGUCGACGUGUGUUUAUCAAUGUAUAUCUGUUGCAAUCACCAUUGUGAUCUUAAAAAUUUCUCUAAAAAAAUAAAUUUGGUCUAAAAUUUAUAACGUCCGUCCUAUUGCUAUGUUCGAACUUAAUUGAAAUUCACCUAAAAAAAAAAAGAAAAAAGAGUAGCGUAUAUAAAUAUGGUGAAGCAAAUGACUAUUGGUUUGCAUAAGCAUUUACAAACUCUUGCCGUAAAAAGAUACGUUGACGGUAUGUACGUUAUACUGAGUGAAUGAAUAUUUGCGGUGGCUUGCAAUCAAAUACCGUCCACUAGUGAUGGGCA